AAGAAGGUUAGGCGGCACAGGAAAAUUCAAAAUAAAAGUGUACAUACUUUGCUCGCAUUCUAAAAUGGCAGCACUGUUCCUUCAAAACUUUUAUUUUGAAAGCAACAAGUAAUUCGACUAGGAAUUGAUUUGCAACGUUUUCAAAACGAAACGAUUUUGUGAACAGUCUUACAACAAAGGGGGUUUGAAAGUUUACUUCCUCAACUUGCCGGUACAUGUCCUGCACGUCGGUGGGCAGGUGUGAGUAUUAUUCAUGAGUGGGAGUUUAAACGGUGUGGCGGGCGAACAGCCGGACUUUCUCCAACACUGACCUCCUGAUGGACGGAGAUCAGCUGCAGCCUGACAACAGAUGUUUACAGAGUUUCCCUAAGCUGCCGCUGUGGAUCAUCGAGCAUGUUUGGGCUCACAAACUCAUUGAUCUACAGGAAGUUGUGACCUCGUCAAAAUGGCCAGAAAUCAACUCACAACCUCUUAGCCUUGAAGAUUCAUGGAGGUUGCGUGUUGGCUCUGCUCAGGUGUAUUUCAUGGUGAAGAACAGGGACACGGAGCAGUUUGAGAGAGCGCUGGAAUUUCUGGAAGCAACUUUCAGCCUUCUGCCGGGACUGGUGGCUCCCAUCAAACACAUGAAGAUCAUGUUCGGCCUUAAAACCAUGGUCAUUAUACAGAUGCUGAGGGAGGGCCGAGGAACGGUUGACACAGUGUUUAAAAUCAACCAGUUCUUCCCGGGGAAACUACCUCAGUACCAAAACCAAUGUAACCAACACCAAAUGUUCCUAAUGAAGAAGAACCAUCUGGAAUUCAAGCAUUUCGCACAAGCGCUAGCAAUGGACAAGGACAAACUCAAAGAUUAUGUGGAGAAUCAGAUGGAGGAGCAGUACGGUGAGCAUUAUGCUCAAAAGGUAGAGGACAGGCUGCUGCACUAUCUGCACAGCCUGGAGACGAUGCUGCCAGGAGAUACCUACGUGGAUAAGAUACUAAUGAAAAACAGUCCUGUGACUGAGGAGGAGAAGCUGCUGGUGGAAGUUGUGACUUCUGCCCCGCUGACCAUAGCGACAACUCUGAAGAAACUGCUGCAUUGUGAUGUUGCUUCCUGUUGUUCAGAGAUGGAUUCUGAGUCAUCAGAAAAUGGAAAGAAUGAAAUGGAGAGCUCACAAUUCAUAAAGUCUGCUCUGCAUGGAAGACACCUGCAUGAGACUGACCAAGGUGUGUCUAAGGACAGCUGUUUUCUGUUGGAGAAUGACAAUGGCUCAGAUUUAAGGAGAUGUCAACAAACAGAGGAAAACUGUGAGGUUGUCAAAAGGAUGGAUGAAGAGAGCAAUAAUGAAGAAAAGGUGGAAACCGGACAGAAAGGUGUUGAAGGUGCUCAGAAAGCCACCUCCUUUCCUCAGUUCUGCUCCAAACACCAGCGAUGGGUGAAGAGCAUCCUGCAAGCGUGUCCAAACGAGUGCUCCCAAGAGUUGCAGCUUCAGACCAAUGUGUCUUCAUCUCCUGCACUGUUCCUGUCAUCCUCAUCCGGCUCUUCAUCAGGGGAUCUCACUCCUUCUGGCCUCAUCCCAUUAGCCCCUGACCAACAACAUCCACCUUCACAGACGUCCAUCAUGGCAUCUGAACAAGCAAAUCCUGAAAAUAAUCAGACCUCUGGAUCGACUGUAACAUCUGGGACUGAACCUCGACAUACAAGUGAUGCUCUGCAGCUUGGGCUGUUGUCACCAGUAGUUCGAUUGAUAGACAUUGCCACAAUCAGAGGAUUCUCCCCUCACUUUAAAUGCCACAAAGCACCGCCGAAUCGAAAGCUAACCUCAGGGGAUGAUGCCAUGCAUCGCAAAACACUGAAAUACUCCUUAUUGAACCAACCAAAAGCCUUGGAACGAAAAACUCCUGAAUACACAACACAUGAAGUACAAUCAGCCUCUGUAACUGGGGAUGUAUCCACUUCUACCUACUGUUGGCAAUUUACUAGACAGCAUUCUUCUCGACCUUUGAGGAAGUGCAGACUGGCUUGUCCUUCUAACAUCUAUGCAGCUCUACAGGCUGGGGACAGAGUCAGUCGAAGCGCUUUAGCCCAAACCACCUGUCCAAACAGUUUUCCACUCCUGCAUCAAGAAUUGAAUACCUCUGUUACUCCGACACAAGACUCUAUGACCUCUACUUCUCAAUCAGGGACUCUAAACACAACACGUCCUGCUAACCAGAUCCCUUUAAACACUGAAUCAUCUCAACAAGUUGUCCUUCAAAACUCCAUCAAUUCUCAUCCCGAAAGACACAAUAUCACGACACACUUCCCAGUCGUCUCCACUUCCUCAAACUCAAAUUCUCUCUCUGUCAGCCCUGAGACCAGCAGAGCCCAAAGAGCAGAGCUAAGGUUGUCGCUGACUAGUCAGGCCAUGCUCCUGCAGUCCAAGCUGCUACAGCCGUAUGUGAGUCUUGUCAGGCUGAGCAGGCAGGAGUGCUUUGGAGGGAGCAUCUCCUCAACUGGACAUGUGGAGGCUGUGGUCCAAGACAGCAAUGGUGAUGAUAGUGAGGACUACAGGAUGGAGGCAGGGGAGGAUGCAGAUUCAUCCUUUGAUGUAAAUGUUCUUUACUCGAGCUUCUCUUCAAGCAGUGACGGAGAGAACCCGCUGGAUUGUGACCCUGACUACAAACCUAGCAGGAAGAAGAAAAGAUUUUUUCUAGAGUAUGAGACUGCAAGGUACAUGAAUCUCAUAUGAGGGUUGUUACAUAUUUAUUAAGUGUGAACAGACUUUUUCAGACCUAUGCUGUUACUGAAUUUUUUGAUAUAUGUGCCAUUGCCAAGGUGUACAUUUUACACAGGACUAUAAAUGUCAGUUUUCAGUUUGCUCUGAUGAAAGAGGUAUUUAUGAAUAUAGUUUCUAAAUUACCCAUAUACCACAGUGUGCCUUAACAGCAGUGUGCUGAAGAUCAAAGUCAAGACCUGAACAUUAAAAUAAAAGAGUGGCAAGAUCCCUAUCCUUCAA